AUGACGAUAAUGGAGUUCGACGAGUAUUUGAUUGAAUUAGUUCGUUCUCAUUCAGACCUAUAUAAUAUGACUGAUAGGAGAUAUAGUGAUUCCGUUUGGAAAGAAACACUGUGGAAGGAAAUUGGAGAAGAGGUGGGGCGUCCAGGCCCUGAAUGCAAGCGACGAUGGGUGUCACUGAGAGACCAAUUUAGAAAAUGUGUUAUUAAAAAAACAAAGAGUGGACAAGCUGCCAUACUCAAAAAGCCAUGGAAGUAUGAGGAUAUUAUGGCUUUCCUGCGCCCAUACAUGCUGGAGCGGGAACCAGUUUCUAACAUAAUUGUUGAUAUUUGUUCAGAGGAUGAAUCAAACAGUGAGGUGUCAUCACCUAUUCCAGACAUUGAAAAUAACAGUGAUUUGAGUCCAGACGUGCCAAGCCGGCAGAGUCCGGCCCCCGGGGACGGCGGCGUCUUGAUUGUAGAGCAGCGGUUGACGGCGGACUGGACGGCGGCAGCGGUGGCGGCUCUGGUGGAGCUCACCAGUUCCAAGCUGGCGACGUUAUAA